AUGCGUUCCUUCAUAAAAGCCCAUAAGAAAUCCACCUCAUUUGAUGAAAGUCCAAAGCGACAUAGCAACUUCAGUACAAAUACUAAUAAUAGUUCUCAAAGGUCAAGUAAUGACUCCUUAGAUUUUCUGCCAUCUACUCCAUCCCAAAUGAACUAUGAUAACAUUCCCACAACAGCGAAACACUCACCUGGAUUUGAGUCAUUCCAUCGUUUGGCUAACAAGACUUCAAAGUUGUUUAAGAAGACUUCAAACUCGAACUUAAACUCCCACUUAACUUCAAAUUCGACUGCGGGCUCGAAUCAGGCUACUUCCAAUUCGUUUGUUCUCCAGAAUCCACCUGUAAAAUAUGCUGGCUCAUCAGCAUCACUACGACCACCGCUUUUGCCCACCUCUUCUACUCCUUCUUUAUCGCAUCAUGACAGUUCCCUUGAAACUGCAGUGCCUAAAAAAACUUCUCCUAUAAAAGACAUUAAUGGAGCCACGGACUCUCUGCCUGCUAUCAAGGGCACAAUUACUCAUUCUUGGGGAGAUUCCAAGGUUGAAUCGCAUGUAAUAAUAUUAAACGAUCCUGCUUCUCCAGCAUCUAACUCUUCUGAAGCGACUUCUUCUAAGCAGCUUAAAUAUCCAUUGAUCGGAAAUGAGAAUCAAACAUUGUCCACAUCAUCUUCUAACCUCGAACCUGCUAUAAGGAUACUAAAUAAAAACGAUAGUAGACAACAAGAAAACGAUGAUGAUAUCGAGGGCGAGUUCCCAAAGAAGGAACAACAUAUCUACAAAGCAUUAGCGCUUGCUAAAAAUAGAAAUAGACAAGCAAGAAUACAUUCUCAUGAUGACAUAAUAAACCUGGGAAAGGCUUCUCAAAUGGAUAUGAAUUUACUAGCCGCUGCAUUUUCCGGAAGUUCUACCACUACUACCAAUAAUGACCAAUCUUCUAAUGAACAAGUUGAUGAAAAAAUACUGGAUAUCGAAAGAGUCACCACUACUUCUACUUUAACUUCUUCCGAAACCACACCACUACUGAACAAGUCUCCUAGUUUUUAUAGCCAAGCGUUCUCCAUCUCUCCCGAGGUACGACACGGUGAUUUAUCAUCGCCAUCUUCCAGAAUGAACAAAAACGAAGGUCAAGACGAAAUCUUUAACAAGAAAAAGGUUAGAAUCAGUCUAGGUAGAAAAGAUGAGAAAAGUACAUAUUCCCUUCAUAACAAUUCUGAUGAGUAUUCUCUUGGUGAAAAUGAGGCCUACAAAGUUGGCGUUAGUGAAGAGGAAGAUGAUGAUGAUGAUGAUGAUGAUGACAGUAACGACAAUGAAUCAGAAUUUUCAUUUGAGUACGCAGGUAUAAAUGUAAGGACAUCAUCUGUCAAAUAUUAUUCCAAGCCAGAAACAGUGGCAAAUGUAUAUAUAGACGAUCUUUAUGAAGAUGAGAAUUUUGAUGACGAUAUGAAUUACAUAGAAGACGAUGAGAGCAAUAUUGAGGGAAACGAUAUGGACCAUUUAUCGAAAGAUUCUGUAGAAACACCUUUGAAAAGCAAUAAAGUCAAGAAGUACCAUGAUCUUUUCAACUUAACCGAUGAUGAUGAUGAUGAUGAUGAUGAUGAUCAGGGAAAACAUGAAGGCGUUAAAGAAAACUAUGAGGAUAAUUAUGAUGAUAGUUGUGAUGAUGCCGUUGUUGGUGAGACGGUUGUUGAUAAAGAAUUCUCAAGAAACGAAUUGAUCAAAAAGCCGAUUAAGAGAUAUGACGAUCUUUUUGAUUUGUCAGAUGAGGACGAGGAAGGGUAUGCAUCUGAACCAGAGUCACAUAUGUUUUCGGAUGAAGCUUGCAGUAUAGAGAGUGGAGUGGCACUGAGUGGAAAGCCAACACCGAUGAUCUAUAGUCAAUCCAACAAGAAUAUUAAAAUGCAUGAUCUGAAAUCAAAGAAUAAUUCCAUGCUAAGAAGGAAAAAUUCGAAAAAUGGGAGCGCACAUGUUUCUAUUGUGAAGGCUUCCUUUGUACCCACCCUUAUAAAGCCUAAAGUAAAAUCAUUCUCAGAUAUAUUCGAUAUUGAUGUUAGUGCAAGUGAUACCGAAAAUGAUGCCGAAACAAAAGGCAGUAAUUCCAAUUGCUUAGUAUCUAAUGAUCUGAAAAAACAAACUUUCUUGGAAAACUCUUCAUAUGAAAACAAUUUAGAAACAUACCCUCCUAAUAACGCUCACUUGCAACUUCCUCAGACACCCGCCAAGAUUUUGAUAACUCCAAGUGGUUCUGCUACAAGCCCUCGACCUAGUAUAACCACCGAUAAUGAUGACGAUGAUGAUGACACUAGUAGUAUACUAAGAACUCCAUUUCAACUUAUAGAUUCAUCCCAUUCAAAACAGCUUCUUUCUGAAAGCCCACAGUAUCCUGCUCUGCUGAACAGUCCACCACUCCCACCGCCUGCCAGGUCACAAUCGCUAAAAUAUCAUGACUUGAAUUGUGAUCUGGAUUCAGAAGUCCCUAGACCAAUGAGUAAUCUCUUUUUCAUCGAUGAAGCUGAGGAAGAUGAAUAUAAUCAGAAAAAUAAAAUGUUGGACUAUGACCAUUAUGAUAUUGAUGAAAUUAAUGGCAUUCCAGAAGAUUUCAAUUUCUCGGAUUCUGAGAAAGACGAUCCUAAUCGUGGUACAUUGAAGUCGCCUUUACGGCGUGGUUCCAGAAACAGAGAUGCGUCCCCGUUUUCAAGUGUGUCAUCAUCGUUUCGAAGUACGCACAGCUUUAAUGGGAAAUUAACGAUCAACCAAGGUGCUAAGGAAUUAGCACCAAUGAAAAAUAGAAUAGAACUUACGAACAAAACAGUCACUUUUUUCAACAAUAAUAACUGGAACGCAUAUGAUUGCAACUCACUCCCUCGGAAAUCUUCAUCCCAAAUGAGAGAAACCAAGUAUCAAAUACAUAGUUCCAAUCAAAACUUGGAACCUUCAAGUGCCCAUUCACCACGGCUUCAAAUGACAAAUGGUAUAGAUGAAAAAAGUAAUGACAACUUUAUAAUAUCGCCAAAUUUAUCAAAAACCAUCACACCAACUAAUUCAUUUAAUAAACCAACAGCAGAGUUUUCGAAUGAUUACUCAUUGAGCCCUAUUCAGGAAACACCAUCUUCUGUUCAGAGCUCCCCAAGAAGAGCGUAA